AUGGACGCAGAUGAAGAAAGAGCUUUGAGAGAGUCGUCAAGAAACAUGAAGACGACCGUUCAGAUCAUACAGGAGAAAAUAGAUCAGCAGGGACUGAUAUACGAGUCCAUCGAAGCAGAAGCUGCAAGAAACGACAGGAUUUUGCUCAUGAACAUUCGUGCGUUUGAAGAGGCAAUCAAAAGAAUGAACAACGAUCCAAGAAAUAAGAUAAUAUUUAUGCUACUUUUAGUGAUUAUAGGAUGCAGUGCAUAUUUAUUCCUAUAG